AUACACCAAAAUUAAUUAUUAUAUUACAUUCGUGUGCGUCGUGUAACGUGCUGUCCGAGAAAACAACGUGUUUAGACGAGCUCUUCUGUGUGUUGUCGCCACAGAAUCUAACACGGUGUUUUUCGUCACCUGGUGUGACGCGUGCAUCUCAAUAUCAUCAUCAUUGUUCCAGCGUUCCGGACCACUAGGCAGAGCUCGAGCGGUGUCGGUAUCGUUAACCUAUUUUUUUGUAUUUUCAUUAAUUGUACUGUUUGAUUUAUUGUAAUUGUCAUAUACACAAAUUAUUUAUUUUAUUAUUAUUUAAUGGGCGCCAACAAUUACUAUAGACAAAUUUCAUCCGAUAACUAAAUGCAAGUUUACUUUGAACAUCGCUAUAACAAUAUAAUACAUGAUUUAAUAUGCGGAAAACUAUACGCUAGUUAACGUCGCGUGUUCUAUAUAAAUACAACACAAUACGGUUAUACAUUUAUUUUGCACGUUUGUGCAUAGUCGUAUUGACGGUGUAAUUAUCGCAAUAGGUAAUUAUAAUAAAGUAUAAUAUGAAAUAACAAUUUAUGAUAUUCAAGUUCAUAAAUAAAUAUAUAAUAUUAUAUCGUUGUAGGCAUUAUUCGCAACGGAUAAAUUUCAUAGUCCGUAAUAAAAUUAAAGAUAAAUGUGUAUCAUUACGUCAUGUUUAUAAACGGAAGAAAAAUAUUUAUCUUUAUAAAAAUGUAUACAAAUUUAUUAUUAUUGAUAAAUCGAUCAAUUCAACUGUGAUAACAAUAAAAAUUAAUUGUCGGACGGUUCCGCGGGGCUUAAUAUUAGAAUGCCUACGGCGGUAACUUUAGAUUUUGAUAACUGCGAAUCUGUUUUUACGUGUUGGGUUACCUAUAGUUGUACAGUCAACUCGCGAUAUAACGAAAUUCGAUACAACGAAAAUCUCGAUUUAACGAAUAAAACCACCGGUCCCUUGAAAAUAUCUCGGUAUAACGAACAAAUCUAAUGUAUUUUGGUCCCCUCGAUGUAGCGAAGCGUUUUUGAUCAAAACUCUCGCGAUGUAACGAAUUUUUAUAAAUUUGGAGCUUUCUAUAACGAAUUUUUAAUUUUAAUUAAGAUAAGAUACAUGUCUCUAGUGUAUAACUCCAUGAAAAAUAUAUAAAAAUAAGUAUGUUGCUAUUACCACAUAAUAGAUUACGAAGUUUUUCUGAUGAUUAUUAUGCGAUAGUACACUUAAGUACAUCGCAAUUAAGAUAAGACUUAUGUCGAUUAGUGGCUCUACGCAAAAUGUACGUAACAUAUCGGUACCGUUUUAGUUCUGUUCGUUGUUUGAAACGUGACCGUACGUUCAAAAAUACGUCGCGUUUUACGAGUUAUUACGAUUUUUACGAAUUAUUAUGAGUUCAAAACGAAAGUGUUUGUCAAUUUCGGACAAGAAAACAAUUAUUGAAGAAAUCGAGAGUGGUAAAAAGAAAAAAUAAGUCACAGAUAGUUUUAAAAUUCCGUUUUCGUCACUUUCUACAAUUUUGAAACAGAAAGAAGCAAUUCGUAAUACAACUGACGCACAAAGUAGCCGGAAAAAGAGACGACUAAGUGAGUUUCCCCGUAUAGAACAAUGUUUAUUCACUUGGUUCAAUCAAGUUAGGCAGCAAAAUAUUCCCGUGAGUGGUAUUUUAAUCAAAGAAAAAGCUAAAAGUUAUGCUGAAAUGUUUGGAAUCUCAGAUUUUACUGCUAGUGACGGUUGGUUAUCUAAUUUUAAAAAGCGUCAUAACUUGGUAUUCAAAAAAAAUUGUGGAGAAAGUGCAAGUGUCGAUGAAGGUAUCUGUAACGACUGGCAGAUGAUACUUCAAGACUUAUUAUGUGAGUACGAUCCGAAAAAUGUGUUCAAUGCUGACGAAACAGGACUGUUUUUUAAAUGUUUACCUGACCGAACACUAACGUUUAAAAAUGAAAAGUGCCAUGGAGGGAAACUUAGUAAGGAGCGAGUUACUUUACUUUUUGCGGUAAAUAUGGAUGGACCGGAGAAGUUAAGGCCUUUAUUUAUAGGCAAGUCUGCUAAACCUAGGUGCUUUAAAAAUGUCAAAUCUUUGCCUGUGACGUAUAGAAACAACAAAAAAUCGUGGAUGACAACCGAAUUGUGGAACGAAUGGCUUGAAACAUUCAAUAAUGACAUGCGAAAACAACAUAGAAAAAUUAUAAUUUUUGUUGAUAAUUGCACUGCACAUAACAACCCCCCAACUCUCUCUAAUGUACGAAUUGAGUUUCUUCCAGCAAACACAACCUCGAAACUCCAAUCUCUGGACCAAGGCAUUAUUAAAAACUUCAAACUUUCUUAUCGAAAGGAAAUUGUAUUUGAAUUUUUGGCUUGCUUGGAUAAUAAUGAUUCUCCGAAAGUAAUCGUUUUGACUGCUAUAAUGAUCAGCCACAAAGCUUGGAACAAUGUGACUACACAAACAAUUCGUAACUGCUUUAGAAAAUGUGGAUUUGUGAAAACUAUUGAUAAUGAAGAAGAAGAAUUCCCUAUCACUUUAGAAGUUGACACUCAACAUAACACAUUAUCUACUGUUCUAGACGAUCAAUUGACGUUAGAAGAUUAUGUUGCUAUCGACGAUGAUUUGGCUGUUUGUGUGUCUCUUACAGACGAUGAGAUUUUUGCCAGUUUUAAUAACGAAGAAGGUAAUGACGAAGAAAAUGACGAAGAAGAAUCUUUUGAAGACCCCAUCGUAACUUCGAAGGAAGCCAAAUUAGGUCUUCGCGCCGUCUUAAGUUAUUUACAGAGACAUGAUAUUGACGAUAGUGUGUUUUCUAGCAUUUUAAAUCUGUACAAUACUAUUGAUAAGGUAAACUCAAGCAGUUGCAAACAAUCAAAAAUAUCUGAUUUUUUUAAAAAAUAA